AUGAAAACGACGGUGGUACGAUGCGCCGCAUCUACACGAGGACGGCAGCGGUUUCAGCCGUCGUGGAUGUCGCCAGGCCUCACCUCGCACCAACAGCUCGACGCAGGAGUCGCUGCCCGCCAGCAGGCCGGGUGGAAGGCUCUAAAGAAAUCAAAGCGCCCAUUUGACAACUACUUCCGGUCACAGUUUCGUUUUUCACCGCGUGUGCGCCUCCCGGUCACGCUGGCCUCCGGCGUCGUGAGCAGCUACGACGCGGUCAAGAUGAUGACGGACCCGAAGCGGUCGUGGAGUACACCGUGGGAGCGCGGCGGGAGCGGCGCCCGCACACGACGCAAGCGGCAGGACGUUCUCGAGCCAACACACACCGCGUUUGGCGAGGACGCAGUGGAUGGCGUGCUGGAGCGACUGAUUGAGAUCCGCUUCGCGUGGGAUCGCGAAGAUGGCGUGCUCUGCACCAGUCUCGUCCCCAACAAUCUGUACCCCACCUCGGCGCACUGCCGGCCCUACGUGACCGAAGUCGCGCCUUCUCAACUGACGUCGUCCACGGCUCUCACUUCGAAAGACGCCAACGCCGCGUCUUGCCAUGGGGUCGACCCGCACAGCUCGGAGGAGGAUGGAGAGGUCAUCAUGAUUGCCGGGGCCCCCGUGCGCAUUCAGCGACGCACUCCGUUGCUGCGGCACACGCCAGGCCAGCCAAAGCGUCCACACGUGCACUCCCAACUUGGUUUCAGCGGGGUCGACACGGUGCCCUCGAUCGUGCUGGACGUUUCUCACGGCCCCUUCGUCACCUCCCCCAGCGCACCGCUCAUGACUCUCCGCUGGAAGGCCGAGCACCGCGAUGCAGCGAGCGCGCAGAGCUCCCUGCAGCUUCUUCGCCGCGUGCGCCGCGUGCCUGUUGUGGGCCUUGCCCCUCGCUCCUCCUUCCUGCUGCUGAAGGCGCUGUCGACGGUGGAGGUGGAGGAGCCGGCGUUGGCCGUGUCCUUGGCCAUCGCCAUGGGGGAGAACUACAACGGAUACUCCGACGUGGAGUGUCUGGAGGUGCUCCGGUGUCUGCGCCGCCUCGCGUUUGUGCGCGGGUUGCCCGAGCUCGCCACACCCGACAUCAACGCCGUCGCCGUCGCUUCGUCCUCUCUUUCUUCUACUUCAGGUGAUGGGGCGGCGCGGUUGCCACGGCUGUACACGGAGGCGGCGCUGACCGACUCGAUGCUUGCGCAGUACGUACGCGAUGCCGCACCCUUUCUGGUUGGAAAGAUUUGGGGGCGCUUGCCAGAGCAGAGCCGUCACUUGCUCCAACGCGGCUACUUCCUCGAUUGGUUCGACUUGAUGCGUCUGGCCGUCGCGGCGAGUGGGCCGCAGCGUCUUCCGCAGCGGCUGCCAAACCCCGUCUCGGAGGCGCCGUUCGCAGCGAAGUAUUUGUUUUUUCACCACACGCUGGGGCUGAAGAAGAGGGUACUGCGGGCGAUGGUGGCGGCCAUGCGCGCUGGAUCGAAUGGGAACGCCGCGUCAUCUCCGGCAGUGGAGUCGCCGUCCGAGCGUAAUCCACACCAGCACACGAUACCGGCCGUCGAUGGCCGCGACGGCAAAUCUGCGCCGUUUCGUGGUGCUUCCCCUCACUUCGUCGAUGAGGUUAAAGAGGAGGUGGACACGCCUCUUAUUCUGUGGCUCUGUGCCUCGCUGCUCGUGCGCAUCGUUGCGGAGUCCCUCGGCGAUGUCGUGCGACACGUGGGGGACCUCCUUUACCAACACGCGGCCCUUGCCGCAGAGCGUGCAGAGGAGCACGAAGAUGAAGGACGAUCCUUCAACAAGGAAACGCCGCCGUCGCCGUCGCACAAGCUCUACCACCCUUACCCACGUUUCAGCAAAGGCGUGCAUCAGAAGAUCGGCUGCCGCAAACCGAAGCAUGUGCGGGUGCGUCUGCUGCCUUUUGAGGCCUUUCCACAUGUGGCGAAGUGCUUCUCGUGCCCCUACGCGUCUGUUACAGAGAAGGUAGAGGCGCAGGAGAGACGGCGACACGAUCGCUUGCGACAGAAACAACUCAGCACCAGCAACAGCGAAUGCAGGCGCCACCACGCUGCAUCCGCCUCGUUGGCAACACCCCCGCGCGGCAACGCAGCAGAGACGGUAUCACAGUCUGGCAGAACCGAGAUGCAGUCCGCAUUUGCAACGGUCUUGGCGGAGUCUCCGCCUAUGGGGCAGCAGGUCAAGCGCGCGUGUGCGGCACUGAAGUGGAGCACCGCGGUGCUGCAGGCGUGUCGGGCACUGGUGCGCGGCCUCCCCGUCGUCCCGCCCCCGCCGGUGUCGGUGUCGUGUGCUCGUGCGGCAUCCUCUGCUGCCGCAGCGCCAUCCGUCUCAGCAGCGAAGCGGACGCGAAGAGAGGCAGAGGCAGAUGAGUGGGCACGUGAGACGGUGUCCAUGGAGGUGCGCCACGCCCUGUGCUACCGCUACGUACGCUCCGCCGUGCGGCUACACAUGGAUGCCCUCUUUGUCUUUAUCCCGUGGGAGGAGAUGGCGGCGCAGUGGGAGCCGAUGCUGACGGCGGGCAGCAGUGCCGGUGCCGCAGAUACCACAGGCAGCGAUGUUUCACGGACAAAUGAGGAAAGCAGCGACGGCGCCACCUUCACGGCGGACGCGCUGGAAGCGUUACUGUCCGGGAACUCAGUGAAGAAGGAGGAGGACCCAACCCCAUCGGACAGCGGCGCCGCCCCCGCCCCUCUUUCGGAGGCGGAGCAGCGUUCACGUGCGAUGAUGGAGGAGCUGCGGGAGGGCUUGGAGGAAUUUCAGGUAGCCGUGGCCGACGUCCUGGAAGCGCACGAGCGGUUUUUUGAAGCGCCGAACCAAAACACUGCUCCGGCGUCUCCGUAG